ACACACAAACGCCCCAUUCACCCAACAGCCGGAAUAUCCUCCAAAAUAAAAACAACGAACACUUCCGGUUCGCUACCGGGAGCUUUUAAACUGAAAAGCCGCGGCCGGAAACACGUGUAGUUAGCUCGCAGCCGAAGAAGAUGACGUCCUCGGAGCUGGACCGGACUCCGCGGACUCUGUUGGUGUCGGAGAGCUCCAGCUUCUUGGACCCGAAGAACCGGAUCAGCGCGCAGGUGCAGCAGUUGCACUUCAACCACCAGGUGUCUGUGCUGCUUCCUGAGUGUAGCUCCGCCCCCUCUCACCUGGACUCUGUGUUGAACAACUUCAGCAGCUUCUACCUGAUCAAGAAGCUGCCGGUGUAUGAGCUGCUGGACCGACACUUCCUGGAGACGGCCGUGUACCACGGUGCAGUGUUCGGUCUGUCCUACAGGACUCGCAUCGAUGAAGAUAACUGCGUCGCACUGAUGCCAAACGGUCACCUGACCCUCUCUCUGGAUAAAGACUCGUUUGAGAUUUUGGGCUUCGAAGGGAAACCGUCCAGAUUCAAGCACAGAACUGCCACCAGAUUCGUGGUAUCUGUGGAUCUGACUGACAGCAGCAUGGCUCCUGGUAGGCGGAGCUACCUGAGGCUCCUCACAAGUCUUAAGUCCCGCCUUCAGCUGCAGACCGACUUCCUGUUAUCACAUCAUCCAGGGGGCGGGGCCUCUAUUCAGCCUCUCCUGUCUCGAUGUGAUUGGUCGCAGCACAGACCUGAGGUCAACUGCCGUGUUUUGACCAACCUGCCCUGCCCUGCACCCCUGUCAUGUGACCCUCACAGCUUCCUGGAGUGGCUAGGAGCCGUUGACGCUGGCAUCAGCUGCGAGAACUCGUCCAGCAGCUUCCUGUCGUCGUUUGUCUGUCCCGAACCGAACACGAUGCAUCGCCACGCUCUGAGCGUGUCCGUGAGCGGCCUGCUACUGCCACACGACAUCCACCGUCUGCUGCAGGAGCUCAGGCGUUACGUGGAGCAGCCUCGGCUGGCGUCCUGGGUCUCCAUGACGGUUCGCGGGUUUGCUGACAGUCCGGUAUCCUGCAGCAACCACGAGCACGGUUUCCUGAGGGGCGGAGAGAACUUCUACACGCUGAUGAUGUUCCACGACCACACCUACCAGCUCCACCUUGCCAUGGGAGCGCAUGAUGUCUGCCCGCCCUGACGCACUUGCGUACCUGUGCACGGGCAUAAUUUCCUCCACUCUGAUUGGUUUCGUUGUAGAAACGUUUUGAUUAACAAACUUUGGUUUAAAUAAAGUCAGAUUCAACGUCACACCCAGGGUUCUUACGGGUGCUUGAAAUCCUUGAAAAUGCUUGAAUUUUAAUAUUGUCUUUUCAAGGUUUGAAAAGUGCUUGAAUUUCAGAUGUGGUGCUUAAAAGUGCUUGAAAGUGUAACUGUAUUUCAUUCACCACAAAUAACUAUCUGACUGAAUAGUUUUCUUAUCAGAUAAAAAAAUAAAAUGAGUUGCAAAAUGUAAAAGCAAAAUUUCCCCGCCUGGGCUGCCUCGCACCUCUGUCUGUUUGAACGUGUGACCCCGCCCCUCCCCCUAACAGUCGGGGAUGAGUGCGCUAA